UUCACCUCCGAAAUCGCCACACUCGGAUUCAUAAAUUGUUUCCUUCUCGCUUCGUUCUUCGUUAGACAUGUCUUACGAUUACCUCUUCAAAUACAUAAUCAUCGGAGACACAGGUGUGGGUAAAUCUUGUCUUCUGUUGCAAUUCACGGACAAGAGAUUCCAGCCUGUCCAUGAUCUUACUAUUGGCGUCGAGUUUGGUGCUCGGAUGGUCACAAUCGAUGGCAGGCCUAUUAAGCUCCAGAUUUGGGACACGGCUGGUCAGGAAUCAUUCAGAUCCAUCACUAGGUCCUAUUACAGAGGAGCAGCUGGAGCGCUACUGGUUUAUGAUAUAACCAGGAGGGAGACAUUUAAUCAUCUAGCAAGCUGGCUUGAGGAUGCCCGACAGCAUGCCAAUCCCAACAUGACAAUCAUGCUCAUUGGGAACAAGUGUGAUCUUGCCCAUCGGAGGGCCGUUAGCAAAGAGGAAGGGGAACAAUUUGCAAAGGAAAAUGGGCUUAUAUUCAUGGAGGCAUCAGCAAGAACAGCCCAAAAUGUCGAGGAGGCCUUCAUAAACACUGCCGCAAAGAUACUUCAGAAGAUACAAGAAGGCGUGUUUGAUGUAUCAAAUGAGUCAUCUGGCAUCAAGGUUGGGUAUGGCCGACCACAAGGGCCAGCAGGAGGUCGAGAUGGAACUGUUGCUCAGAGUGGAGCAUGUUGCAGCUGAUAUGAAUCUGUUUCGAUAGUUGUGAAUUUGAUCUCGACCAAUAUCCUGUAAAGGAAUUUACUGUUUUCUUUCAAAGUGAUGUAAUUUCCAGUAACAUGAAAUGUAUAGCCUUCACUUAAACAAAUGUUGAUAGCAGUGACUCCUUUUGAUUCAAA